AUGGGUUUUUGCGGCGUACUCAUGGGCAUUGCUGGAUUGCGUUGGCACAUCAGCAGUUUCUCUGGUCACUCUCUUCAUAUAGAGGGGAAAGAAAGCUGCAGUUUGAGAGAGGCGCCCGCACUCUCCUUAUUGAUAGGGCAUGUACGGGCUGGAAUGAUGCGAAGUGGUCCCGUUUUAUUCUGUUAAAGUUUUUAAUUUCUAUUUGUGCAGCAUUUCCUGUGCAUGUAAAAUUACUCCCCACUAUUUAUCCCCCUUCGUUUCAUGAAGGAGGCGUCUCCACAGUUCAAGCUGUGACUGAUGGCGGCUCCAUUAGGAGGCGGGGUGCAUCUGUUUUGUUUUUUUCUUCUUCUUGGGCUUACAAUAGACUUUUUUUUUUUUUUUUAUGUGAGCUUUGUGAGUUUUUUUAUAUUUUGCUCUUAACUUAUGGUGUUAUUAAACCUGAUACCUAAUGGUUUAAUUCCCUGAUUUAAAAAAAAAAAAAAAUUUAAAUUUAUUUCUGUCCGCUACAUUUCAGAAGGCUCUCUUAUUUGAUUAUAAGCAAUGUGUUAGUUAGGUCUUGUCUGAUCUGAUUGCACCUGCCACAUGUAUAUUUGCCUGUCACGAUGGAUUCUGAUAUAAUGCUAGACACCCAAUUUAAAUGUUUGGAAUUAUGUGGAUUCAAUAAAUGCUGCUUUGAAGAUAUGAUCUCUGCACCAGCCUCUUGUCUCUUUCAUAGAAUGGAGUUAGCAUGCACUUUCAAACCCUCCCAUUCAUGAUCAUGAUGCAUGUCAAGAUAUUAUGACUAUACUGGCCUAUUUACCGUAUAAAAAAAAAAUAUAUAUCCUUUAGUUCUCACAAGGUGCCAUGCAUUCUAAUGGUACUGUUAAGUUGUUUAACCAUUGGCCAUUUAUAUGGAGAAUACAACAACUUUGAAUUAAUGUUAAAGGGAAACUCUAAGCCUGUGCUUUGAGUUAUGGUGCAAGAAGUACCUUAGUACAGAUCCACUAAUAGGCAUUAAACCGUUUUUGAAUGCUUUGACACUCAAACUGUAUCUCUCGUGUGCUGCCAUCCUUCCAAUUUUAUAUGAUAUUGAUAAAGGUGAAGUUCUUAUUUCAUUUUAGCAAAAUCUGUUUUGUCCUGCUUUGGACAUCAUUCAUUGGCUGAGAGUGCUGACAUUCACAAACAAUGAAUGAUGUCCAAAACUGAUUUUGCUAAAAUGAAAUGGGAUCUUCCACUUUAGAGAGCUCACCGAUGAUCAGAAGGACUAUUGGAGCCUGAGGACAUGGGUAAGUGUGAAAGCAUUUAAAAACGGUUUCACUUGUUUCUAUGGACGGCACCAGGGGUUUCCUGGUACAAUAAAAUGAGUGCGUUUAUGACAUAUUAAAACAAUUCCUUACAUGAGCUACAUUUGAGGGGGAAAAAAGCUUAGUGUCCUAUUAUUUGUAUUGCAUCCUGGAGCUAGCCUUCCACAUAGAAGACUCCGACUUGGCGCCAUGUGGAUUAAAUUUAAUUAAACUAUCUUAAACUGAUCUAGCUUUUUGAGUCGUACAAAAUAAAUUGUCUUUUGUUGUAGUAUUAGGGCCCAUUUCGCUCUCUAUUGUAGACUUGAUUUAGUGCAGUCUUGCUGAUCCAUUCAUAUCCCUUAUUUUUAGUGGUGCAGCAGGGUGAAAUUCAUUUUUAUUUUAUGCAUUAAAAAAUGUGUUAUUGGAAGGUUUGGAAACGCAUAGCUGGUGACUUUAAGCAUUAAGUCAAUACGUAAAAGAAAUAGAGUAGCUAGUUGUGUAAACACGCCAUUGGUACAGCGGGGAAAUGGUGAUGGGAGUUGAAGUGUUCUGGUAUUUGCUUUCCACAGCUAUUGUGAUUUAUCUACUCCCCAAAAGGGGGAGUGCAUCCCAAAACGGUCAUUUCUAUUCUGCUCUAAAGUUAAAUAAUGUAUGAACUCAUUGAGUGUUAUUAGCAUUCAUAUAACAUAUUUGUGAGCAAUUCACAAAUGGGUAAAGUAUUACAAAUGUCACCAGGAGCAAAGGCCCUGCUCAAACAAGGUGUAUUCAUACUGACAAAGUAACAUGUAGUAUUUUGUCUUGUGGACUAUGUAAAAUAGUAUCUGCUCUUUUAAAGCACAACUUGCAUAUAUUAAAUGCAUAUCUGGGUGUGGUACGGCUUACACAUUGAGCCUAAAGGUAGUAGUUAUUCAGUUUCCAAAGCAACAUGAUUGAAGCUUUUGUUUCCAUAGUAAUGGUAAAGGGGAGUACCAAUGUACAUUAAAAUACCACUUCAAUAAUUCAAUCAGCUGAUAUAAUAAAGGAGGGGUGGAAGCUUUCAAAUGAAUAGGUCAGGAGUCGCUGUGUAUUUAUUACAUUCUGCAUUGCCAUGGGGAUGCAAAGUUACAGCAGCCAGAUUUGUCGUCUUGGAGAUUGUAUGAUGUCACUGAACAGCUACUGAGAUGAUAGCUGUGAAAACUGCUACCAGGAUUGCAAUAGCUCUAUUACAGGAUACUGAUUUUAUUUAAGGAAUGGUAAAGUUAAACACAGUGCUAAUAACUAGUACUCUCGUGAUUUGAACAUCACAGCGGGACACACGCUAGUUCACCAAAAAGGCAUACAUAAAAAAUCUGUUUGAUGUCCAUGCCAAAAUAUAUAACUGCAGAUCUUUUGCAGGUAGCAAAAAAGACCGCUCACCACCGUUGUAUCUACUCUCCAUGGUUAUAACUGGGUAACUUUUUUUUUUUUUGGCAUGAGUUUGCCUCUCUGCCAUUAAAAUAUACUCAGCAGUGCAAUAAGCUAUUACUAAAUACUCACACGUUUACUAGUGGGUAGGAUAUUCUUUUCCAUGAUAAUGGAAAAUAAUAUUUAUUUUAAGCAAAACAAGUUUUCUAGGGCUGCACUGUUCUAAAUAGAAUUUGUAACUGCAGAUCUUUUGCAGGUAGCCACCGUUGUCAUUCCAUAAUGGUGAUUAGUUUAAAGAUGAUUAUAAAACUGGCACGCAUUGUCUUAGUCUCCCACCCCAAAUAUUUUUUAUAUGGUGAGAUAAUGGCCUUUUAUUCCCCUUCCCAUAGUGCCAGGUGACAACCUACCUCCUAGACAUUACAAUGUCCCUGACUUUUCUAAUACCUGUAAAUGAUAAUUACAGAAGUUUCAUUAACUGGAAAGCAGGGGUGACCAAACUUAGAUCCCCAGAUGCUGUAAAACAGUCUUUCAUAUUGCGGUCAGUCCGCAUGGUACAAUUACAACUGUACUUCCAGUCCCUAAGUAUAUGUGGACAUAGCCUUUCACUUGUUGGGCAAUAAAGCACAAGCAAUGUGCAGAUAUCCAGGUGUGUUUUUUUUAUACUACAGUACCUAUGAUGCUAGCCUCCUAGCUGGCUUAAACAUCCAAGGUAAGUUUUACUGUUGGAGCUAGGUGUCCAUCUUUUAGUUUCCUGAGCUGUCAGAAAUUAAAUACCUUUUGCUCUCUUAAAAAAACAUUGUCGACCAAUAUCCUGAACCAAAACGGCGCUUGGGAAAAGCCUUUAAAAUAAACGAUCCACUGCAAAUAAAAUAAACACAGAUCAAGCCAGCCUGUAUGCGUUCAGAAUGAUCUUACAGCACUUCUGUGAUAUCUUCAGAAUUCUGAGAAUGGUUUUCUCAAAACUUGACAAGGCAAAUGUGUAGUAAAUAAAACCUGUGUAUGUGGUGAGUACAACAGCAAAGUAAGGAGAGGUGGAUGAAUAAGGAUUAUCCAGACAGGAUGUUGAUAAAAGCUUCUUGAGAAAUGUUAGACUGGCUGUCAGCUGUAGAUAAUGCAGAAUGUGAGAGAAUACCUAGAAGGAAGAGCCACUGAUCCCUAUCACAAAUACAUGAAAGUAGAUACUUCUAAAACAUGUACAGGACAGCACUAAUGGCAAACCUGGUGACUAGGGAUCAACCGAUAUUGUUUUUUUAAAUCCGAUACCGAUAAUCUGUGAACUUUAAGGCGGAUAACUUGCUGAUAUUCUGUCCAUUUACCAUUUUGAAAAAAUAAACUAUUUCUAAAGGUAAAUGCACAAAAUAUACAUGCCACAUGUAGUGGAUGCAGUGUGUUUAGACAGGGGAGCUGUGUGUGUAGUGGGUAUAUAAUGAAUGCAGGGUGUGUUUGUGUAGUGUGUAUAGUGAAUGUAGUGUGUUUGUGUAGUCUGUGUAUAUAAUGAAUGCAGUGUGUGUUUGUGAAGGGAUGUAAUUUGUGUAAAAUGGGCAGGAGGGGAGGCAUUUUUUAUUUUAAUUGUAUUUUUAAUAUUUAUGUUUUAUUUAUUUUUCUGCAGUGUUUUUUUUUUGUUUUGUUUGUUUUAAUGUUUUAAUAUUUUUUUUAGUCCUCCCUGCUUGUUACCUGGCCAGGGAGGGGGGAUAUGACAGUCCCUGGUAGUCCAGUGGCAUGUACUGAGCAGUGGUGGGGCCGGCAGCAAGCUUUGACUUACCUCCAAGCAGCUCCCUUCAGCUCCCCAGUCUAACUCUCCCGGUUUGCGUGCCGCGCGGAGUGUUGCCAUGGUAGCCUGUACUAACGUACAGGAUUAUUCACUACAUUUCAAAUUCAAGGUGAAUUUUAAAUGUAAGGUCAAAAUAGCCUAAUUGGAACAAUUUUCUAAGUCAGCUUUGUUUUCAAUACAGCUACUCUGGUCUUAAAUUUGACAUUUACAUUCAAUUCUCACUUUAUUAAAUUUAGUCACUCCCUUUAGUUAAUUUAGUAAAUGAACAUUUUCCCAAAAGACAAAUGUCAACACCUCAGGUUGCAAUAAACCUUAAAAUGUAUUAGAAAAACAAUUGUGGGGCGGGGCCUAACCGCAGAGCUGUGAAGACGCUUAUCUCAGCAGCUCCUGCUAAACUUAGCAACCUAAAGCCGAAUUUCACUGCCACACCGGCACACAAUCAUGAUUAUAAGGCCAGCACUCAAGAGUGGGCAUCGGAGUGAGGAGAACGAUACCUCUCAAGCGAAGAACCGAGCUAAACUCACUGUGAGGCCUACAAGCAUGGCAGGCGCAGGGGAGACGGUCGCUCCCCAGCUGCAACACCAUGCCGGAUAUCUGGCGGCGGGCUCUCGCUUCCCCCCCUCUGGACCGGCGGGGGUCAUCCCGGUCCACCAGCUUACGGUGAGCACUCACCUCUGGGACACUUAUAAGAGCAAUUCCGACCAAUCGACCCCACGAGGCCAAGCCAAGAUGGCUGCCGGCAGUGCCGCGAAUCCACCGCCUCAGACAGCCGAUGAAUGGACAGCGGCCUUUCAGGCUAAAUUUGAGGAGGUAUGCCGGAAAUUUUGGGAGAGAUUGGGAAAGAGGAACCCACCACCCGCUCUGAAACCAGCUACACUGGUAAAGCGACAACACACACUCUCUCACACGCGGCCGAGGCACCUGAUUUUGGCAACGACACCACGAAGAGCGAUUAACCAGCAACACGACAAAGCGGAGGGAGAGACAGAGGGGCAUUAACCGCCCAAAGCAGAAAAACAUAGCCAAAGCAAUGGCCAUAACGCCACCUAAGAGGACAGCACCCCAAGGCACUGCCUCCCUGCACAUGCCGCGCAAACGGAGGAUCAUCUGCCGUAAACGGAUACUUCCACUUUCCUCUAAAUACCCAAGGCGAGGGAAGGACCGAAUGACACAGCAUAGCGAUACUACAGCUGAGCCAUUGAAAAAGGGGAACAGCUACCAAGCCAGGGUGCACAGAUCAGCCACGACCCUCUGCCUAUCUAUUCCAUGCGCCGAACAAAUGCAACAGCCCAAAGGAUUUCUCGGUGAGAUGCCGACACUAACCUCUCAGGACACUGCCCCAGCCCCUGCCUCGAUGGAAUAUGGCACACAGCACCAACGGAUUGCCAUUGCAGGCAUUGGAUGACCCCAGACAGCAAAGCAGACUUCCCCACACUGUAAUACUACAGUAUCUGGGUCGGCUCCUGUAUCACUACUUGUUCACAACAUGCAUACUCAAAUAUGUGUUCCAGACAGUUAAACAACCACUCUGAGCAAGUACUGAAUUGAUCCUUCCUGUUAUUAUACCUUUAUACUCUCACCAGUUAUGCUUUCCUUAAUAUAAUCUGAUAGCACACAGUGCUCAUGAUCAAUCUAUGUCCUUUUCUCACAAAGAAUGUGUUCCUAUAAUCACUUGUUUUUAUAUACUGGAUGUCUUAUGACAACAGCAUGUCUACAUCUAUAGCACUGUAAACCAGCAUUAUCUGUAAUGACCAUAGAACGGGCAGACUGUAUAACUGAAUACAAGAACUAACAUGUCUUCAGCAUGAAGGCUAAGCUAGCGUAUAGCACUACACAUUUCAAUCCUACAACACUCAGUUUACAUGCCUGUAUCUGUUAACGUAGCAAGAUCAUCCAACAAACUUAGCCACUAAUUACCAACAAAAAUACGCUAAUGUCAACGCUAUUGUUUAGCCUGUUUAAUAUGCACGUGUACGCCGAGGUGGAGAUCCUGACACCAUAACACUGAAUGACCAUAACUUAGAGCGCAGUCCAAAUGUUGCUUUAUGGCUCUUUGUUCUAUAGAAGCGUGUACCUCACCUGUCCUGAUAUACAAAACAGGUGAAAGCGCCUGAAAAGCGAUAUCAACGCAGAUACAUUAGUUAAUGCCAACUUAAUGUGACACCAAGCCAGGAUAACUGCUCACCUAAGCAAUGUUAGCACUGUAAGCCUGAAUAGCAACGCUUUCAUCUUUAGACUUAAUCUUAUGUUAUCUCAUUUUAUGUUGCUCUCAUUAUUAUUGAUGCCUUCUCAGUUUAACACCUGUUUAUUAAUAAUAUAAAACUGUGCAGACUAUCUAUUUGCCAUGUUUGACAAUGUAAGAUUCUAUUAAGCUUGUGACUGCUGAUGUGGCAACACGGGCUCGUUUGAUAUCACUUGCACAAUAAAAAUAAAGAAUUAUAAAAAAAAAAGAAAAACAAUUGUUAGUGUGUGUCUGACUGUGUCUGUUAGUGCGUAUGUGUGUGUCUGACUGUGUGUCAGUGAGUGUGUGUUUGCCACACAGUCAGACACAAUGUGAAAUUUCGAUUAUUACUUCCCAGACAAAGGUAUGGGAUGUCAGCAAAACCAAGUUAUUAAAUCAUAGCGGCCAUUCGAGUGUUCAGGAGAAAAGGAAAUCAAGGCGUGAGUGGCAUUCUUAUAGAUUACCCAAAACUUGACAUGGGAUGGGGUUAUUUUAUUAGGAAGGGAGUAUACCAAACAAUUCUCUAGAUUUCUAACAAGCAGUAAUAUAUUAAAAUCCCUGAUCGGUAGAUCACAAAGCAAUGGACGUUACUAUAAAGGUACUCAACAAACCUAGUAUAAAAUAAGGAAUGGGGAAAAAACAAAACACUUUAAAUAUUUUUUUAGGAAAGGAUAACAUGAAAGAAAAGGGAUAAAAAUAACAAAUUGGGCAGUUGCCUGGCAUGGAUAAAUAUAAUGAGCUUGAACCAGAUUCAGGCCUGGGAGCUCACAGAAAGCGUGUCUGUUUAGCUCCCCGGUCAGGCCCCCCCCCUUGAUUAUUUUUCAAGGGGGGGGCGGGGCCUGACCGGGGAGCUGAACAGACACGCUUUCUGUGAGCUCCCAGGCCUGGAUCUGAUUUUUGGCAGAAAACAGUGGGAAUACAGCCUAUCUCAGAACCCCAACUUACCCCACCUUGCUACAUGGAGGCAGGGGUACCGGGGGACACCUCACACGUGCAAAAGCCCGCUGGGAAUCCAGACCGGAGGCUUGGGGCCUACAACAUGCAGAGCAGGGGAGAGACGGCCGCUCUCCCGGCUCACCUAACAAGGCAGCACCCGAAGCAUCGGGCUUCUCCCCCCCCCUCAGGACCGGCGGGGGUUAUCCCGGUCCACACAAUCGAGUACCACAAGCUUACACGGAAUGCAGAAGACGGCAGCAGCCUAAAUCGCAUCCCCAACCAGCAAACCGCUAGUGACAAGAUGGAGACCGAAAUGGCCGCCGCCACGUGUGCCUGAGGCACAAAGAAACUUGACCUUGAGACCAGGCUGGAUGAGCUGUUCGCCAGGUUCUGGAGGACAAUAGCCUCCAGGGAGCAACAGACCAAGGCAUACCACCCUGUCACAGUCCUGCCGGUGAUCCCCCAACAAACGUGCACACCGCCUCGCGCCAACAAAGCCUGCGGAUGGCAAAACCGAAAAGCCUGUAAACCCAAGCGACUACCAAUACCUAUGGCGGCGACCCGCCCAUACAAGGGCCCGGCAAAACUUAACAUACCUAGGAGGCAUGAAAAGGCGGUCCCGCUGCAGCGACACACUGCGCUAAACGGGGACCGGACAGGGCCGAAGGGCCCCAGGCAGACCACACCGCAACACCCCUACCGACAACACUCGGAGGUAGGCCCUGGCACACCUCGGAGGCGACACCACAGCCGGCGACACAUCACCUCACGCAGACUCUUUCACGUUGGCAGGUCCACCCCACCGGAAUGGGGCCAUGCCUAUAUCAACGCAGAGACCCCAUGCAUCGAACGAAGAGGCUGGACACUCUAUAACACCAAGAAGAUCCCUGCAACCAGACUGCACGCCCUGAGAGCUGGAGUUGGCUAG